AUGGGCGGAGUUGGUGUGGCGCAGUCCACCUCUGGAAUACGCCAUCGAAAGGCUGAGGAAAAAAAGGGCAUAGUUCUCAAAUCCCACGAUCCAAUCAGCUCGACGCCCCCGGGCAACGUGUUAUGGGGCGGUGGGAAAUUGCGACAUGUCCAUUGUAGGGUCGUGGCAUGGACUGUUCAAGUUCAUGAAUUCCCCUAUGGUAGCGCCUCCAGUCUUAAUGCAUUGUAUUGUAGCGAGUCAUGGGCUUCGUUCGAGAACGCCCAUGGUAGCGUCUCCUUCGGCCCGGGUUGGAUUGUAUUAAGGACGUCAAUCGAUGCAAACCCUCGGAUGAUGUGCUUUGGUAGCGCCAAGCUUGCAAAGCACGGACUCAACAUCGCGCCUCUUGUGCACAGUUUCAAAUGGCAUGAGGAGUCCAAUCGGCGCAAAUCGCUCCUUGUGACUGCCACGGGCAAAGUUGCAUCACCCAUUCAAUGCGUGUGCAAGACUGUACAUCCGUGGGCUGAGAAAGUGUUCAUGAGGCCUGUGGUAACGUCUCCUGAGGGAAUGUUUACGUUCGCUGAUACUAAUGAAAUUCUACGGCUCGUGUGCUUGCUCGCACCGUUUGGGACGUCCGACGGGAAAUCCGUCAAAGCCCACUGA